AUGGACAUCGGGUCUGUCAUUUCUGAAGAAACGCUAGAGCGUCAAGCCCUUGAACUGAUUGAAAAGUCUGUCAAUGGUGCGACGCGUGUUCAUUACAUAGUGACUGUGAACUUCUUUGUCUGGAUGUAUCUAGGAGCCUCCAACUAUCAUACGACGGGCUCCAUUAUGGCACAGCAUAUUCUAAAGAGGCGCCAACAGUAUGAGAAGAACUUGCAGGCAGCUUUAUGCCGUAUAGGCGUCCUGGACCAGCCAAGCUUGCCACUGCUUCAAGCACUGCUUUCCGGUGCCAUGUUUAUGCUCCUCUCAGGGAAAUUGGAGAUGUGUUGGCAAUUGAGUGCGUCAGCAUCGAGAGUAUGCAUGGCCUUGGGUGGACCUCGCCGGAUCAGCUCUCAGACCAUGGCUGCCCAUGAGCUGCGAGAAACUCGGUAUACUUUAUCGAUUUGCUACAUGUUUGAUAGAGCGCUGGCUCUGAGUAUGAACCGCUGCCUCGCUCUGCCUGAAUUCGACAUGAACCCUACGGAACUGGUGCCACCAGACGCAAAGAAGCCAUAUACUUCACUUAUUCAAGUGUUUCUGCAAUUGGCCGAGGUUCAAUCCGACAUUGCCCACCACACGAAGAUCAAGAAUAUGAAGACACGGGAAGAUGUUGAAACAGUCCAAACAUUGCAAGGAAAGAUGUGGAAAAUCAAAGAAACGAUCAGAGAGUGUCAAAAGCAGCCAUUGCAUACCGAGGAGAAAUAUCUUCAGGCCGAGUGGAUGGGCGUAGAUUUUGUCUAUCAUUCCGUCAUGACAUCUGUUGUCAAGCUCCACCCGUACCUGAUGGAUGAUACUGGUCUGCACCAGCAAUUGCUUGGCUACGCUCGCACAUCUCUAAGCUCCCUAUCUGAGAUGUUGAGCAUCGCUAAAACUUUGGUGGAUUUUCACCUAUUUCGGGUUUCAGUUUCGUGGCUUAUUCUGUUAUAUCCCGUUUACCCCUUUUUCGUCAUUUUCACCCACACAGUCAACACCUCGAGUCUUCAAGAUUACAGCUUGAUAACUCAGGUUACAACGAGACUCCAGGAGUUCGCUGGUCAUAAUCCAGCUUUGAUGGGAGUCCAAAAGCUUUUCGAGGAAUUCGUUCAACUCUGCAGGCCUAUCUUUGAGGUGAACAAGUCGAUCGAUGCCACAUCCCCGCCACUCCUAGAAAUAGCAAGUUUGCCAACGCAGAAGACUACGUCGCACACUCAACAUAACAGGGUUUCUCAAGGUCUUUCAGGUCCUUCUGAGAUAGGGUCUUUCACAUCAUUGGUACAGGAUGCACUCUCUAUCCCGGUAACAGGGGAUCAUGCAGCCAGCGGGAUCACAUUCCCUGACCUGAGCACUCUGGAGGAGAACGAAUUGCUAGCAGAGUUAUAUAGCACACAUCCAUCAAUAGGCUGGAUAGAUGGCAAUUGGUCAAUAUCGUAA